UUUCUCCAGAAUCAGAGCGAGCGGCCAGACAGUGGCUUUUCCGUGUUGUAGCGGCUCUGCGCAAACGGAGAGAGCGGAACCCAUGACAGACGAGCAGGGAGAGACAUGUUGCUACAGAUAGCUGGGUUUUUCUCCGGAGAAGGGCGGAAAAAGGGGAUACGACAAUGAAGCCAGUAAUCCCCUUAAACACAGCGAUUGAUCGGGAAUUGCAGUUAAUCGCGGAGGUGAGCCACGAACGCUCGUUAGCCAUCGUUUAGUCAGCAAAACUCAAGGCAGACCUCCCGUCAAUGAAUAUUGUGGCAGAAAAGCCCUCACGGUGGAGUCAGCCAGCGCUGCGCUUUCCUAAAAUAUGACCAGCGGUGUUCGGAAGUGUCGGCAGCGAGAUGACGGCUUAAAAAAUUGGUGUGCUCCCCGCGAGAACGAGAAGCCAUUCACCGACUCCGAGAGGGCCCAGCGAUGGCGACUGUCCUUAGCGUCCCUCUUAUUUCUAACCGUUCUGCUUUCUGAUCAUCUGUGGUUCUGCGCCGAGGCCAAAAUGACAAGGACCCGAGACAAGUUAGCAUCAGUGGACAUGAGCGCAAACCACAGACCCGACCUCCCUCCAACACACAGCAGCCUCAGAAGAAACGAAGAUGCUAUUUUUGUAGUCAAUUCUACCAAACCUUUGUGGCAACUUGAAACUUGCCACCCGGAUAGUUUGUCUGAAAACUGCUUCACUUUUGUCGACGCCGAUCACUUGUGCAGGGGCCUUUCGGAAACGGAGGGGACGCGGUUGGUGAACAUGAGCGAUUUGUACCUUUCCUUUUGUAAUUCGUACUCCCUUAUGGAUUUGCUUUACGGAUCAUUAAGUCCGGACAAUUUGAACUGCAGCCUCGACGCGGUCAUGGACAGCGAUCAAAACAGAUGCAGUCUGUGUGUUCAAGCAUACCAGCGUUACGACCUGCACGCACAGGAGAAAUAUGAGGAAUUUGAGAUGAUGGCAGACAAAUACGAAACGGAUGUGUACUCAGUGAGGACGUGCAUGGAAGAAUGCAAGCUUGUCUACAAGCCCUGGCUCUGUGCUCAGUAUUUCCAGAGCCCUCGGUCAGCCUGCAGUCAUAAGAUUCCAUGUGAGCAGUACUGUCUUGAGGUACAGCAGAGGUGUCCAUUCAUAUUGCCUGACAAUGAUGACCUCAUACACGGUGGCACUCCCAGUUUUAUUUGUACAGGGCUUUCAAAGAAACCAGACACCAACCAAGAGCCAAAGUGCUGUGAUGUGCGAUGGGACCAGAUGUCCAACAACCUUUUCCGCGGCACUUUAAAAAGAACUCAACCUUCCUGCCAGCACACAUCCGUGACAUCUUCAGGGGCUCCACGGCUUGGACACAGCCGGCUAAAGCUUUGCUUGCUGGUCUUAGUUCUUCUCCACACUGUGGCUACCAUGACGGCCAAUCAGAACUCUACCUGUCUGACCACAUUCUUUCCAUUGGAUGACAAUGCCCCCAGAGAAGAGUAAUUGGACAGUACUGGGCUGGACAGGUAAAUCUGCACUCUCCAAUGCAUCUCACAUUGGUCAAAAAGAAGCCCCUUACACAGAGAGAAGCUGAGUGUAUUGGGUCUAUGUGAGCUAACAAUCUCAACAAGACAACACUUGCAGUAACAGGACUUGUCAUCAGCACCUUGUGGGGUUUAGGAAAAAAGCGAACAGAACACAGGAAAAGCAGAGGACAAAAGAUGAGCAUAAUAUGAAUAGUCAGAACUUACCCCAACAGAGACUUCUCACUCUCUCCUGAAACGUGCACGCACGCAAGCACGCACGCACGCACACACACACACACAGACACACACACAGUCAAAAUGCCAUUUCACUUUGCACUAGGAGAUCAUCUAACUUUCCCUUUUUAGUUUCAGCUGUUAUUUUUGUUUCAAUAUGGUUUGCACUUCUGUUCAGUGGUUUCAGAGCAACCUGGAAUGUAACUUUUAGGGUCCUUGUUCCUGUCAAAUUAUCCCUUUAUAUGUUGCGUGCCAAGAUUUGAGUUUCCUUUGAGAGUGAGCAUCACAUUAAAAAGUUAUGAGCACAUAUCAAAACACAUUCUAUCUGUCACAUUUUUAAAUACAUCCAUUAUUUUUUAUCCUGAAUAAAAUUCAAUAAUUGAGUUUUCAAACUUGAUCUACUCAAAUACCAAUAUCAGCUGACCCUCAGAAUUAAGCCACAUUUCUGUUAAAAAAAGACUAAGUCUGAAAAUUGUUGUAAAAACAUUUUGAUUCUUCAGUUGAAAAUUGUAUGUUGGAAAUGGUUUGUUGCAGUUUUCUGUUUCCAAAAUAAAGCUAUGAAGUUAUUAUGACAUAAUUCUAUUUGUUUUGAGGUCUUUGAACAUGGCUUACUGAAAGGUGAUUUGUUUCUCAUUUAAACACGCAUACUGUAGUAUCGAACCAAAUCAACUGGGCCUUGGCACACAACUGUAAAGAUCGAGGAUGGUACAUAUUGUCAUAUAAUUUAUUGUGCACUUUAUUCAUUUAAUAAUGCGCUGAAAACACAUCAGCCUUUCUGCAUUAUUGACAUCACAGAUGUUCUGUGAAAACAACCCUUCAAGCAGCAAAAAUGUCAACAUAGGCUCAUUCUGAAAAUGCCGCCCUGUAUACAUUUCUGGAGAUUGCCAAUUAGGUACCUAGAGGUACAUAUGGCAGCAUUUCAUUUUUAAAAUGAACACUACUACGGGGCGGCAUGACGCUGUUUCUUUUAGCGCUUACCAGCUUAUCGGCAGACUUGAGACGCAGAGAGGAGUCCGGUGAAGAAUGGUUCCAGAAAGCAUGUAAG